CAGCUGAAAACACCCAGCUCUCAAGCCGUGGUCUGCAGGUUCGGUUCUCUGGCGUGUCUUGUCUCUCAGCUGUGCACUUAACCCGUCCGUUCGGAACCAAACCGUGCCAAAACCGUGGAAAUAUCCGUGCGUAAUUUACCCGGGGACCGAGCGGCCCCCCCCCCUCCCCACUCACGAGGCUCCCUGGACGGCGAGAUGACGGGAUUCUGCUCAGCAUCUGGAGGCUUUUCGAGAUGUGACAAUGAAGAACGUUGGACCUCAAACAACCCAAAGUGUCGUGGACCAAACCAGUGAAAACCAGGGCACCAAGAGAAGCCAGAUAUCUACUACAAAAAUGAUACAACCCAAAUGUGAAAGUAAUUGGGACAGUGUAUUCAAAAUGCUGAAUGAGAUUUGAUCCGGAAGAAGAGGAGCGGUGCAUUCGAAGGACACAGGAUUAAAUAGCGUUGUUUUGAACAUGUAACAGAGGAGACGUCCGAACGCACCACAGGCCUGACGGACAAACUCUGGGGCGCGAGUAUUUUGUUGUUGUCGCACACAUGAGAGAACCGGAGGAAAUGAGAUGAGGAGGGAGAUGGAGAAGAGGAUCUGAAGUUGGACAAACAGCUUCUUUUGGGUUCAACAGGCUGACUCGCUGUCCCCUCCCUCCUACACCACCAUGCCUCGUAACCGUGCAUUUUCGGAGCCGGAGUACUCUGCGGAGUAUUCAGCCGACUGCUCCGUGACCCUGCCCUCCGACCCGGGACAGGCGGUCGGACGCACCCACGAAGUGACCGUCCGCAGCUCGGGGUGCUGUCUGUGCCUCCCCCGAUUCAUGCGCCUCACCUUCGCCCCCGAGUCUCUGGAAAACCUGUACCAGACCUACUUCAGACGGCAGAGACACGAAACGCUGCUGGUUUUGGUCGUUUUCGCCGCUCUUUUUGACAGCUAUGUAAUUGUAAUGUGCGCAGUGGUGUAUACGAGUGACAAGCUGGCGUCUGUGCUGGUAGCGUCGCUUGGGCUCGCCGCAGAUAUUGUUUUGUACUUGUUGUGUCGAUUUGGGCUGCUGCCGGAUCGGGUUUCCAGGCGUGUCGUGCCCUAUGCGCUCUGGGUGCUCAUCGCAGCUCAGAUUUUUUGUUAUUUGGGGUUGAACUAUGCCAGAUUUCACCAGGCCAGUGAUACAGUUGGAUGGCAAGCUUUUUUUAGCUUUUCCUUCUUCUUGACUUUGCCGCUAAGACUGACGCCGAUUGUGCUGAUCACGACGGUGUCCUGCGGGGUCCAUACUUUGGUGCUGGGAGUCACAAUCGCACAACAGCAGCAAGAGGAUAUACAAGGAGCUUCGCUGGGACGACAGCUGUUGGCGAACGUGGUGAUCUACGUGUGCUCCAUCACGGUGGGCAUCAUGUCGUAUUACAUGGCCGACCGUAAACACAGGAAGGCUUUUCUGGAGGCGCGGCAGUCACUCGAGGUCAAACUCAACCUGGAGGAGCAGAGCCAGCAGCAGGAGCGCCUCCUGCUGUCCAUCCUCCCAAAGCACAUCGCAGACGAGAUGCUUCAGGACAUGAAGAAAGAGCAGAGCCAGAAGGAGAUGCAACAGUUCAACACCAUGUACAUGUACCGGCACGAGAACGUCAGUAUUUUAUUCGCCGACAUCGUGGGCUUCACUCAGCUCUCCUCGUCCUGCAGCGCUCAGGAGCUCGUCAAACUCCUCAACGAACUUUUUGCUCGAUUUGACAAACUGGCUGCAAAAUACCACCAGCUGCGGAUCAAGAUCUUGGGCGACUGUUACUACUGCAUCUGUGGUCUGCCGGACUACAGGGAGGACCACGCGGCCUGCUCCAUUAUGAUGGGCCUGGCCAUGGUCGAGGCCAUUUCGUAUGUGCGGGAGAAGACCCAGACGGACGUGGACAUGCGUGUGGGGGUGCACAGCGGGACCGUGCUGGGGGGAGUCCUGGGGCAGAAGCGAUGGCAGUACGACGUCUGGUCCACGGACGUCACUGUGGCAAACAAGAUGGAGGCCGGAGGGAUCCCUGGGCGUGUGCACAUUUCCCAGAGCACGAUGGAGUGUUUGCACGGAGAGUUCGACGUGGAGCCAGGGAACGGAGGCGACCGCUGUGACUAUCUGCGAGAGCGCGGCAUCGAGACCUACCUGGUGGUGGUGCCCAAGGGUCCCGUGGGCAAGAACGGCAUCAACGGAGUCAAGCUGUCUGUGACCUCGUCCAAUGGGAACUCUCCUCUGCUCAUCAACACCACAGAAUGUAACGGAAACGUGAACACCGGCUGCACCACCCCGGAGGAGCCGGACGAGCUCGAUGCAAGGGUGGUAAACCCGUCUUUCCCAAACCCGCGGAGGAGGCUGCGUCUGAGGGACUUGGCGGAGCGAGUGAUCGACGCUCAGGAAAACGAGCAGGAGCUGAACAAACUGUUGAACGAGGCUCUGCUGGAGAGGGAGACUGUGCAGGCUUUAAAGGGGAAGCACACGAAUAGUCUUUCUCUGCGCUUUGUGGAUCCGGAGUUGGAGACACGUUACUCUGUGGAGAAAGAGAAGCAGAGUGGAGCCGCCUUCUGCUGCUCUUGUGCUGUUCUGCUCUUCACUGCAGCCAUGGAGGCCCUCAUAGAUCCUUGGUUGAUUGCGAACUACAUCACAUUUGCAGUGGGAGAAGUUCUGCUGUUGAUCCUGACCAUCUGCUCGCUGGCGGCCAUCUUUCCCAGGGUUUUCCCAAAGAAGCUGGUGUCCUUCUCCACGUGGAUCGACCACACGCGCUGGGCCAGAAACACCUGGGCUAUGACGGCCAUCAUCAUCCUCACUCUGGCCGACAUCGUGGACAUGUUGAGCUGUUUACCUCUUGCGUCAGACCUCUCCUCCCCCACAUCCACCCCCUCCUCUCCGCUCCCUCCCCCCUCCUCCGGGCCCGGGCGAGGGGGAUGUCCCGAGAACCCAAAGUACUACAGUUACAUCGCGGUCCUCGCCCUGAUGGCCACCACGAUGCUGGUCCAGGUCAGUCACAUGGUCAAACUCACGCUCAUGCUCCUCAUCACGGCGGCGACCGGCAUCGUCAACAUCUACAGCUGGAGGGACAUCUUUGACCGCUACGACAAAGAGCGCUUCCAGGAGUACAGCCCAAACUUGGUUCCCUCCAAAUUCACCAUGACCGUUAUGAUCUUCAUUAUGAUGGUCAGCUUCUACUAUUUCUCCAGACACGUGGAGAAACUGGCGCGGACUUUGUUUUUGUGGAAGAUCGAGGUUCACGAGCAGAAGGAGAAGGUUUAUGAGAUGAGACGCUGGAACGAAGCUCUGGUCACAAACAUGCUGCCAGAGCACGUGGCCAGACACUUCCUCGGCUCCAAGAAGAGAGACGAGGAGCUGUACAGUCAGUCGUACGAUGAGAUUGGAGUCAUGUUCGCUUCCAUCCCAAACUUCUCUGAUUUUUACACCGAGGAAAGCAUCAACAACGGAGGCAUCGAGUGUCUGCGCUUCCUCAACGAAAUCAUCUCAGACUUCGACAGUCUUUUGGAUGAGCCUCAGUUUCGGUGCAUCACUAAAAUCAAGACGAUCGGCAGCACGUACAUGGCAGCGUCCGGGGUCACUCCAGACGUCUCCAAUGGAUACUCAUGUGUCAAGAAGGAGGAUCUGACGGACCGCGAGCGCUGGCAGCAUUUGGCCGACCUCGCAGACUUCGCUUUGGCCAUGAAAGUCACGCUCAUGAACAUCAACUACCAGUCCUUCAACAACUUCAUGCUACGAAUAGGUCUAAAUAAAGGGGGGGUGUUGGCUGGAGUGAUCGGUGCCCGGAAACCUCACUACGACAUCUGGGGAAACACUGUGAACGUGGCCAGUCGCAUGGAGUCCACCGGAGUCAUGGGCAAUAUACAGGUGGUGGAGGACUGCUACAACAUCCUAAAGGAGUACGGGUUCCGGUUCGUUCGUCGGGGGCCGAUUUUUGUCAAAGGCAAAGGCGAACUGCUCACGUACUUCUUAAAGGGGCGGGACAAACAGGGCUCCUUCAUUAACGGCUCCUCUGUUACUUUGCCGCAUCAGGUGGUGGACAGCUAAGGACUGAAGAACCCGCCCAAAGACAAUAAUUUUCAUACAAAUAACAGACAAUAAAACUGAAACUUUCCUGAAAUCGGACUGAAACCAAUCGACCACUGUUUCCUUAACCAUUCGCAAGACACGGGCUGCCAUUUUGAGGACCAGCAGAAAUGGUAAAACAUGCCAAGAGGUCGUAAUAGAAGAGUUAUAUUUCCUUAAAGUGAUUCACAAUGCCAAGCUUAAAACUUCAAAUGAUGUACGUUUUUGUUUCUAUUUGUGGAAUGAUAGACCGAUCCUUAAACUUUUCCUUUCGCAAUAAUAACAAAACUCAACUCAAGUCAUAUAUAGUGCAAGUCCCAGUUGUACAAUCUGUAUUCUAGAAGACAAAAAUUUGUUGGCAAAGUUAAAAUGUUCAAUAUGAGUCUAUUAUGUUAUUUUUAAAGUCACAGUAUGUAACUUUUUGGACAAAAAUAGAUUAAUAUAAUGAUUUUUUUCCCAUUAUCUUUUCAGUUCUCCUUUAGGGUGGUGUAGUAUUGUGACCAGGAGGACUGAACCAGGACUGAACCAGGACUGAUCCAGGACUAAACCAGGACUGAACCAGGACUGAACCAGGACUGAACCAGGACUGAACCAGAACUUUAAAGGGGAAUGAACUAGGACUGAACUAGGUCUAAACCAGAACUGAACCAGGUUUAAACCAGGACUAAACUGAGGACUGAACUGAGGACUGAACUGAGGACUGAACUGAGGACUGAACUGAGGACUGAACUGAGGACUGAACCGAGGACUGAACCGAGGACUGAACCGAGGACUGAACCGAGGACUGAACCGAGGACUAAACCAGGUCUAAAUAAGGUCUAAACCAGGACUGAACCGAGGACUAAACCAGAGCUGACCCAGGUCUAAACCAGGUCUUGACCGAGGACUGAACCAGGCCUAAACCAGGCCUAAACCAGGCCUAAACCAGGCCUAAACCAGGCCUAAACCAGGCCUAAACCAGGCCUAAACCAGGCCUAAACCAGGACUAAACCAGGACUAAACCAGAACUGAACCAGAACUGAACGAGGUCUAAACCAGGUGUAAACCAGAACUGAACAAAGGACUAAACCAGAACUAAACCAGGACUAAACCAGAACUGAAUGAGUUCUAAACCAGCUCUAAGCCAGAAAUGAACGAGGACUAAACCAGGACUCAUCUUGGACUAGGACUUGGACUCUAGGACCGUCUCUGAGAGAACCCUGAGCCUGUAGAGCAGGGUGUCCGCAAACCGCGAUCGGGCCUCAGCUGCAGUUAACCACAAAAGUGCGAAAUAUCAUCGAGUACCUUUAUUAUCCAGACUAAAUUAUAUAUAUUUUUUAUUUUCUCAUUUUUUUGACAGUUUUCACAUUGACAAUAAACCUGAUAUUGUAAUUUGUCAUAUCUCAAAACCAAAAAAAUAAUCUUAGAGUUCAUAAAAACCUCAUUUUAUCAUUUUUCAAGGAAACUGUCCAACGCUUGUGUAACCUUGGCUCUAUCUUUCCACAAAUACAGAAUAACUUAAGGUGUUUAAAAUGUGUCGAUCGCAGUGGACAGACGUGUGCGUGUGGGCGGAACUUUAACACUGGAAGUUUUCAGCUUGUUUUGAACCGAUCCGAGGUCGAAGCACGAAGGCGUUUAAGGACACACGAGAUUAUUUUCCGUGUUGAUGAAUGUAGGAGAUUGGUUUUAGAUUGUAGCACAGAGAGGACUGUUCAUGAAAUUAUAAAGGUAUAAAGUGGAAGUGCCUAUCACAGCUAUGAAGUUAUGGUGGAAGGAAAACAGACAACAGAACCUUCAAAUUUUUUUAGUAUUACAAAGUCCGGGAGGAUUGAAGUUACUUGAAACGACUUUGAACAGCGAGUUUGAGGUUCAAGUGUUGCACAAAGAUCGUAAACGAAUCCAAAAGUGCAAAAUUAUGACGUUAUUUAUAACUAAUAAUGUAUUUAACUAAUAAUAUUUGCGGCUUCUUUAAACAGUGAGGUUGAGGUUUGACGUAUUUGUGAUUAUCUUGCUUUAAAGGGACACUAGGUAACUUUUCUGACAGGGGGACGACGCCACCUGCUCGUCUCCAUGGAGAUGUAAUUUUUUGUAUGAUUGUAUUUGUCAAAGAGUGAUUAAAUGUUAAGUGGAUUGCAAAAAGAAAUGUAUGGAGUAGGAAAACUUUCAGAAAUAUUCAUGUGCGUACAAAAGAAAUCUGUGCAUAUUUGUUUGUAGUUGAGCAUAAAAAAAUAUUCGUAAACUCGGGAAUUAGUCCAGUCGACAUUGAGAAUUACAAUCACGAAAUUAAAAUUUAUGAUUUACGCUUUCUUCUGUACGAAUUUGCAGAUGUGACUCGACUGUCAAAAAUAUCAAAAAUAUGUCAUCACUUCAACGGCAUUUUUUAUUGAGCAGAAGAAACAUCGAUCGAGAUGCCGAACUUUUGCGCCGCAUACGGACUGAACCUGGAAUAAACCAGGAGGACUAAACCAGGACUGAACUAGGACUAAACCAGAACUGAACCAGGACUAAGACAGGACUAAGACAGGACUAAGACAGGACUAAGACAGGACUAAGACAGGACUAAGACAGGACUGGUCCCAGGACUGAACCAGGAAGACUAAACCAGGACUGAACUAGGACUAAACCAGAACUGAACCAGGGCUAAAUUGGGACUAAAUUGGCACUAAAUUGGGACUAAACCGGGACUGAACCAGGACUAAGACAGGACUAAGACAGGACUAAGACAGGACUAAGACAGGACUAAGACAGGACUAAGACAGGACUAAGACAGGACUGAACUAGGAGGACUAAACCAGGACUGAAACAGGACUAAACCAGGACUUAGACCAGGACUGAGUCUGGGACCAGACCAGGACUAAACCCGGAGUAAACCAGGACUAAAAGAGGACUGAACCAGGGCUAAAACAGGACUAACACAGGACUAAAAAAAGUACUAACACAGGACUAAAAAAGUACUAACACAGUACUAAACCAGGAUUGAUCCCAGUACUGAACCAGGAGGACUAAACCAGGACUGAACCAGGACUAAACCAUGACAGUAUUCGUACUGAAGAAAGCGUAAUCGUAAACUUUCAUUUCAUGAUUGUAAUUCUUGACGUUGUAACUUUUCAAUUCAUAUUCUGAUGGAUAAAAUUCACACAACACAUUAUACGUACGACUGGACUCAUUCUCGAGUUUACAGAAUAUUUAUUUUAUGCUCAACUACAGACAAAUAUGCCCACAAAUAUUUCUGAAAGCUUUCCUACUCCAUAGAAAUAUCUUGAAAAACAUGCAUUCUUCCUGUAAGCGUCGUCACUUCUCCGCAGAUCUGACUCAUCUAACUUGACCUUGAGUGAAUCGGUUUAAUACCAAACUGUGGAGCAUUCAAGACAAAUCAAUAGCAUCUCCAUGGAAACAAGAAAAUGACGAACCCUCCGCUAGAAAAUGUACAUGGUGAACCUUUAACUUUAACAAUUUUGAGAUUCCAGCACAAAAAGAAAGUAGGUUUUGUUCUCCUUCCACUCUUAGCCAGACAAUAGCUACAUCUCACAAAAAAAAUUAAAUAUACUUAUGUCCUAACAUUGUAUUUUGAACCAUUUAAAAUAUUGAGAAUGCCUACGGAAGUCUUAGGGGUCUGUGCCGAUCGUGAAGCCCAUUGCCGUGAGCUGAAAAUGGGCUAAGUGCAAUAGAUCCCUCCCUCUCUCUCUCUCUCUUUCUCUCUUUCUUCCCCUUUAAACUGUAUUUUUAUAAUGUAAUUUCAUUUUAGUUGUAUUUAUGGACAGAAAACGCAGUGUAAAUAUAGAGUGUUAUGGUUAUGCAGAUUUAUUUAUUACAGAAAUACUAUGGGGUGACGCUUUUUGUUUAUCUUACACAAUGAAAAUGUGUGAAAAGUGCCAAUGAUAAAUAAUAAUAAUUAUACCGGCUUCAAUGCCAAAGCUCGGACCACAGCUGUUUACUGUAAGAAAUCUCAGGCUUGGGAACAAAAAAGCACUUUGAAAAAUAACGUGGCGACUCUGUAUUUGAUUCUUUGGUUUUUGUCCAAGGUUUUAAAACGCCUGUAUUAUGAUAUUUUCUGAUCUGUGUUAUAAUGUUGUUUCCUCGUCGCAAACGGACCUGGAGUUGUCUUGUUGUUUUGUUGUUGAAUCCGUGUUUCAUUCGUUUAAUCGUUUUUCAAUAUAAAACCAACAAUAAGAAAACGAAAAAAACAACAAUUUUUUUCAUUAUUUGUCUCCAAAACCGAAAUGAAAAAACAGAUAACGAUUCGUUUUUUCAGUUUUCGAAUUUGUGUUUAAAUGAAGAAUGGAAAAAUACAAAUAACAACCGUUUUUCGUUUCAGACUGAAGCAGGUCUGAACCAGGUCUAAACCAGGACUGAACCAGGACAAAACCAGGACUAAACCAGGACUAAACCAGGUCCAAAACCAGGUCUAAACCAGGUCUAAAAAAGGUCUAAACCAGGACUGAACCAGGUCUAAACCAGGAGUAUCGGAAAAGGCCCGGAGGUGCACCCACAUAGACUAGCGGAUGAUCAGGACUGAGACCGGGACUGAGACCAGUUUAGUCCUGGUUCAGUCCUUGUUUAGACCUAGUUUAGACCUGGUUCAGUCCUGGUUCAGUCCUGGUUCAGUCCUGGUUCAGUCCUGGUUCAGUCCAGCAUUGUUGUUUCGUCACGGAAACGAAAAUCAGCUAUUAUCCGUUUUUUUUCAUUCUUCAUUUAAACACAACAUCGAAAACUGAAGAAACAAAUCAUUAUCUGUUUUUUAAAUUUUGGUUUUGGUGACAAAUAAUGAAGAAAAUUGUUUUUUUCAUUUUCCUAUUUUUGGUUUUAUAUUGAAAAACAAAUGAACAAAUGAUACAUGAAUUUUGUUGACACAAACAGUGCAUAUUUAGGUGUUAGAAGCUCUUCUCUCAAACUGAAAACACUCUGUUCCACUUUGUGAUGUCGUGGUAAUACAGGAAGUGCUCCACUGUGUUUUUUAAACUCACCUUCAUGAGAAUAAUUUGGCCAAUCUAUACUAAAGAAAAGGAAAAAAGGUGCCUGUUAACUUUAAAACUACUAUCACAAGGUGCAACAGAGCAUUUUGAGAUUUGGAGCCAUAGACAGACUAAUAAUAAUAAUGAAGAGUUACUCAAACCUGUGAAUGAAACAAAACACAACUCCAGGUCUGUUUUUGAGGAGGUAACAGCAUUAAAACAUGGUUAAAAGCUCUUUCUGUGUGGUUAAUAGGUCAAGCAGAAGCAACACACUGACAAAUAUUUGUUGCAAAACAUUAUAUUUUUGUUUUCAAAGUCAGAUAUUUUGGUGAGAAAAAAAAAAAUUUAAUCUAUCACUGGUAAAAUGGACUUGUAAAUUGGAAUAUGAAAAAUGUACAAUGUAUUUUUUGACCACUGUCGACUCAAGAAACCAGAUAUUUACAAAACCAUAUAACGUAGUAUUUUUCUGCUUCACCUGCUCGUCUCCAUGGAGAUGGUGCUGCUUUGCUUGGGAUGUCCCACAGUCUUUAUUUAUUCAAUUACUCUUGUUGUCAUUGCUUUAAAAUAUAUUGACAAACAUGUAACUUUACUGUGCGCAGGCUUGUCUUGCAGAUCUGACCUGUAACUUGGUCUAAUGCCAUCAAUACCGUAUUUUUCAGACUAUAAGGCGCAUUGGAGUAUAAGUCGCAACAGCUAAAAAAUGUGUAAUGAAAAAGAAAAAACAUAAAAGUCACACCUGACUAUAAGGCUAUGUCCACACAACAACGCUCCUGGAUUUUUUUCUUUGCGGGUUGAAAAAAAAAAAACACGUGCCGGAUCAAUAAAUAUACACAUCCACAUGACAACGGAGCAGAUCUCAGCACCGUUUUUUAAACUUUAAGGUAAUUUAGCCUAUUUUAGAUGUAUCCCAGAAAUAUAGCUGUUUUGUUUUUCUGUUUUUGCAUCAGAGGACCCCGACGAUCGUUGUCCCAAAGCUGCGGUUUUACUCAGCCACAUGACAACGCGGCGCCGGAGUUCUCAGAUUUCUCCACUCUGGAACCCGUUCUCAAAAAACUCAAUUUUCGUCCACCCGAAACGCCGGCUCCGUGUGGGCGAUGACCAAAACGAAAACAAACUUCUCUGUUUUGACCAAAAAACUUUGUCGUGUGGACAGCCCCUAAAUUACACAAAUUUGGGGGAAAUUUAUUUGUAAAAUCACCGUAGAUAACUCAUCUCUACGGUCUACGAUACAGGAGGAACAGAAGGAGCAGAUACUGACUCACAAAACUAGAGCCUCUCGCGGCUGUCAGUGUGAAUUUUUUAUAUAUAAGUCACCCUGGAGUAUAAGUCGCAGAAAACACCCAAACCAUUAAAAAAAGUGCGACUUAUAGUCUGAAAAAUACGGUACCUACUUCAGCACUGAGAUGGGUGAGUUUAAAGGUUGUAUGGAGGAUUAUUUUUGUUUCAAAUUGUCGAUGAAAGUUCAAAAUAGAAUUAUAGAGAUGCAGCAGCCUUGUAAUUAUGAUGACAAAAAAAAAAAAAAAAGAAUGAAAAUCCAUCAGCUGUGGACGUGGUGGGGGCAGAUAAACAUCAACCAAUAGAUAACAAGGCUACCUCUUUAUCUAUUGGUUGUUGGGUUGUCAGUCAAACUCCCUACGUUUCUAGCGUCACCAACUUGCCGGCGCGUGGGGAUUACGUGGUUUAAGUUUGCCUCUCAUGCACUGAUGCUGUUUACUCAACCAAAACAGCGGUUCUUAGCGUCUUUUUCGAACUGCAGCUUCCUCUCAGUUUGCACAAAGUGUGUUGUAACUGCAGACAAGAAUCCACGACCAGUUCACUGCAAAAGAAAGUCUGUUUUUGAUGUCACUGAAAGAAGAAGAGAAGGGGAAGAGGAGCGAAGCGCAACAUUUGAAAAACUGUCACUGCAUUUCUCUUUCAUUUGAAAAUCUUCCAUACAACCUUUAACAUACUGGGGAACAUUCUAGGCAAAGCAAUGUCAUCUCCAUGAAGACAAACAUGUUUCCCACCAGAAAAGUUACAUGGUUUGUCUCCAAAAAGUGAAACAGUCAGUCAAAUCUGCAGGAGGAUGGUCCCAGUGGUCCACGUCUCCUGCUGUCUGCUUAACUUAUUAUUUUCUGACACUAAAAGGACAGACAGCGCCGACAGUGGUGAAAGAGCAGAACUACACCGUCCCGUCGCUCAAAUCGAUCCGAGUUCGUCUGAGUUUUAUUCCCGGUUUUGGGUCCUAUUUGAAGUUUGAAGAGGCUGGUUUGAAGGAGGUUUGCGUCUUUCUUUAAGUUGAAGAGAUUCUGUUCGUGUGCCCUCUUUGAUUUAACUUAUACUGUAUGUCCUCUUAAG